GAACCAGUCCAUACGACGUAUUGUUUUCAGAUCUGUGUUGUCUUUGUCGACCACUUCAUCACUCGUCCCCAGGAACCUUAGAUUAUUGGUGCUGCCUUUUGUUUCAUUUUCCAUCGACUAACUAAAAAUGGCUUGGAGGUCAAAGGGUUUAAACAACGCCGAUCUUGUACGCCAAUUGCAAGAGUAUAACAUUAUUAAAAGUAGUGCAGUGGCGCAAACGAUGAUGGCGACCGACCGCCGACACUACGUGCCGCAAAAUUUGAAUCCUUAUAUUGAUUCUCCACAAAGGAUCGGACAUGGAGCAACCAUUAGCGCACCGCACAUGCAUGCCUAUGCACUCGAGCUACUUGAAAAGUACCUGAAACCCGAUAGCAAGGUACUGGACGUUGGUUCGGGGUCGGGCUAUUUGACCGCUUGUUUUGCGCGUUACAUCCAUCAGCAGCCGAACGCAACGGGCGUUGUAGUCGGCGUAGAGCAUCAUCCUCGUUUGGUGGAGCUGGGCCGCAAAAAUAUUGGUGAAGAUGACGUCUCGCUGAUCGAUACAGGAAAAGUAAUUCUGAUUGAGGGGGAUGGUAGAAAAGGCUGCAAAGACCAUGCCCCAUACGAUUGUAUCCAUGUUGGGGCCGCUGCUCCAGAGACACCUGAAGAGCUCAUCAAACAACUGAAACCGGGCGGUAGGCUGGUAGUUCCAGUUGGUCCCGAUGGGGGGACGCAGUACUUGGAGCAGAUAGAUAAGCGGCUUGAUGGUACCGUUAGCAAGACGAGGUUGAUGGGCGUAAUGUACGUUCCGCUCACGGAUCUGAAGGCGUGAUGUAAUGUUAGUAUGCUGGUUUAUUUGCUCUCAAGACUGUUAGUUCUUUUUCUAGUACUUUGUUUUGCAUAUAUUGCAUUGAGAUCAUUGCUUUAGCAGUACUUGCUACAAUACAAUAUCAAACUAUUAUGUUUUUGGUAAAAAACGUAUGUAUUUUGAAGCUUUACAUUUGUGAAGGCUCGUUGUUUUAGGUUUAUGUUGUACUUCGGAUGUUCUUUGCUUCUAGAUGAAACAAUACUAUUACAAUAAACGUACUUUCAGAACAGAAUCAUGUAUAUUAGAUAUGUUUGACUUAUUUAUUAGAAGGUUUACUUGUUACAUG